AAAUUUCUGUCACGUGACUGAUCUAAUAAUGGCGGCUCGGGCGAUGAUGAUUCUCGGACGUUUUGCACUUUGACGACGACUACGCAACAAACCGGCACUUGUCGCGGACAGGAUGUUCGUCGUACACACAUAAAGACGUCGUCUACGAUAUUUGACGUUUUUGGAGCAUUUUAAUCAGGCGGCACUAGAGUAGAAGCCCCAAACUGACGACUUACUGAGGACGCUUUGCGAGGUAGGAAGGCCAGGAAUCUCGAAGACUGCGCUAGCUGGACCGCCUGAUUGCCCGACUCUGGGAGGGUGGUACCAGCACAGUGACAUACCGGUGUGUAUGUGUGGGUGAACCAGCCAGGGACAGGAAGUGGGCUUGACGCAAGAUUUCUGGAAUGUUAAUGUAAAUCUCAUUAAACAGCCAUAUGAACUAUGAAGAGAAAAGCUGUCCAAACGAUAAUACGACUUCAGUGACUCUCUGGUGGCAUGUCUUACUCCGAGUACCGAUCUGUUAGGUCACCCAUUCGUGAGAGCUCUCCUAUGGCGGGUGGAAGCACAACACUGCUGUCAAAACGGUAUCAAAGUAUCUACAAUUAUCCAUCAUCAUCAUCCCUUAUGCCGUCAAGGAACGAAAGCAUUUCUGGUUCUGCGUAUCGAAGGAGAGAUCCUUCUCCAGCGGACAACUAUACCACGACUUACGGUCGGAGCUACACGAGUAGUAGUCGCACCCUUCCCAAUGGCCCAGGACCACUUGAUCGAGAAGGAAACAGAAUACCAAAGGACAGGUGGGGCACCUACAAUGGCAGCACAAGAACAUCACCUAUCAAAUCUGUUCAUACCGACAAACAUGACGACUCGUAUCGAUACACUAGUGACAAGUAUGGCGGCAGCAUGAGUUCCUCGCGGUAUUCGUCGUCAGCUUCAGGUGGCGCGCACGUGACCAUCACAAAAUUGGAAAGUGGUUCAAAGUCACACAGCGUCUCGGACCUGACAAGCAAAUUUGAAAGACUUUCAUCAACCAGUGACCCGACCAGUAAAAGUGAUCCUUACAAGACCAGGAACACCUUGCCAAGGACUAAUUCAAUAUCCAAACUUAGUUAUAAAAGUGAAGAUUUGCCAUCAAGAACUUCCAAUACUUCCUCGAGAGUCUCCAAGACUCAGGUGUCUGGUGGCCGAGGAAGCCAAGAAAUCACAUUGGACUUCAGUGCAGACAGAAGGAAAGGCAGCCCAGUCCGGGAUCGUAUGUCCAGAUCCAGCUCUGUGGACAGGGAGAACGACAGUCCAUCUGCAGUAACAAGACUGACCAACCACGGAACACCUCCGAGCAGUGGAGCCAACAGUCGUCGCUCGUCAAUAGGAGGCUCAUCGGCAGAGGGUUUGGUGGGGCUGCGAAACUUGGGCAACACCUGCUUCAUGAACUCCAUCCUGCAGUGUCUAAGCCACACCAAGCAGCUGGCUGAUUACUGCAUGAACGACAGCUACAUCUUUGACCUCAAGGACUCCAACAGCAGUAUGAAAGGAGCCCUCAUGAAAGCAUUUGCCAACCUCAUCAAGCAGAUGUGGAAGGGAUCCAGUGAUGCAGUCAGCCCUUCUGCAUUCAAAGCCCAGAUCCAGAAGUUUGCACCUCGUUUUGUUGGAUACAACCAACAAGACAGCCAAGAGUUUCUGCGAUUCCUGCUGGAAGGUCUUCAUGACGACAUCAACAAGGUGCAGGUCAAACCAAAACCCAGCUACAGCGACGAUGAAGAGAUAGAGAAACUCAGUGAUGAACAGAAGGCUCGGCAUGCCUGGAACAAGUACUUACUCAGGGACAACAGCCAAAUCACAGACCUGUUCGUAGGCCAGCUGAAGAGUGUACUACAGUGCACACACUGCCAGCAUUGUUCUGUUACCUUUGACCCCUUCUGGGAUUUGUCGCUGCCAAUACCCAAGAAGUCCAGUGUUGAUGUACGAGAUUGUCUAAGGGACUUUGUGGAAGAGGAGGUCCUGGAUGGCGAUGAGAAACCUACUUGUUCCAGGUGCAAGGCCCGUCGGAAGUGCACCAAGCGCUUCUUCCUGCAGAGGCUGCCCAAGAUCCUGGUGCUGCACCUGAAGCGUUUCUCUGGCAUGAGGUACCGCCAGAAACUGUCCACAACCGUCAACUUCCCCCAGGCCAAGCUCAACCUGCAGGAGUUCACCUGUCCUGAGAGCAGAGGAAGUGCCCCAGCCACCUAUGACCUGUAUGCAGUCUCCAACCACUCAGGAACAACGUUUGGUGGCCACUACACAGCGUACUGCAAGUACCCCACAUCAAGCGACUGGCACUGCUUCAACGACUCAAGGGUGAGUUCCAUCUCGUCCAGCAGUGUGAUAUCAUCAGAGGCAUAUGUCCUGUUCUAUGAGCUACGAGACAAGUCCCGCUUGUAGUCUCUCAAAAUAUGACACCCUCAAUCUUUUCGGUUCUAUUCUAUUUACUGUCUUCCACCGAGAUAAUUGUUUAUAAAAAUAACUAACAUUAAGAGUCGCUAUUUUGUGGCAAGACAUUUUCUGGCCUCGUAACAAUGUGAAAGAAGUAAAGGUAUAUCCUUCAGAAUGUGUCAAAGCAAGAAAGGUAGAAACACAGUUUCUAUUGUUGUGUAAAGCAACUACCCCUCAAAGAACAGUUCAAACUAUAGUGGUGCUGCUGUAAAGUAGGAUAAACAGCUCAUCUUCAACAAUAUUUAGUAUAUACCGGUAAGCAGGUUAUAUUCAGCUGCAUCAAUUCUGCUAUAAUGAUUGUUAUAGGGUUGUUUGUAUGUAUAUACUACUAGAUAUAUUAGAUAAUACAUGUAACAAACAGCAAAUGUGUAAUAUAAGAUCUGAUAUAGAUAAUAUACAUUACAUGUAUGUAUGUUCAUGUAAAUGUAAUCCACUAGAUGACCACUACAUGUGAAUUUGAUAUAUUAUCAAAGCCAAAUGUCUAAAUAAAAAUACAAUUUAGCACCAUUUCACUUGAAAUGAGAAGCUAGCUGCCAUGGAAUUAUGCAGUUUCAGACCCCAUAAUUCACAUAUCCCCUUAUGAUGUAUUUCAUUUAUGUACAUAUCACAUUUUGCAGACUUGGAGCAGGGGCCCAAUAUCCUGUGUGUUUUUAAUUUUACAUGCUGUAUGUUGAUUUUGCAAUAGUGUUUGAACAUCUAUAUCAUGUCACUGUUUGGUGUGUUGUCAUAUUGUGCAUGUUAGGAUCUUUAAUGAAUAUGUGAUUGGAAUACUGAUAAUAUCUUACCCCACUCGGGGUUGUUUGUGCCUGGUGUGGAUGGGUUGAGGAUUUUUAGCACAUAUAAUCUAUACUUUUGAUGUUAUUUAUCGUAUACUGUACAAAUAAACAGGACCCCUCAUUCGAAAUUCUGGAACCAGCCAAGGAACAGUAAGAUGAUGCCAAGCAAACUGAAUAUUUGUCUUUAAUGGCAGCCAAUAGCACAUUUCUGAAUCAAUGGCAAAUAAGCCAAAAGAUGUGUAUUAUGGCAAUAUUUUCUAUCUUGCACAAUUCCACUUCUUGUUGCCCUCUAUGAUGGCAUCAUCUCACAGACUUGGUGUUUCAUGUCAGAGGUUGCAAAGCAGGAUGUUUACAGAAAUAUCUAUUGCAGUCACAGACACCAGAUAGCGGAAAGUGGCUUUUUAAAAGCUACUUUGACCUACAGUAUGGGCCAUACAUUUCAAUGACUGUUGAGGAAGGCUAUAUUUGUAUAGCCAGGAGAACAACCUGUAGUUAAAGCAGUGUAGGAAAAUGUGAACUCUGUCAGAUGCAAGAGAAGUGGUUGGUGAUACGUACAUGUAUACUGGUGGUAAGAGAAAUACACACUAAUGGGUCCUUGGUACAAAAGGGAUUGAGGUCUUGAAUAAAGAGAUCGAAACUCAGA